GCUGGUUUUCCUUUGAAAUAUUUUGAAGAAUAAGAUUGUUUUAACUGUAUAAAUAAAUUAAAUGCUUUUCUAAUUGCAGCUUUUCUGUGUGCGUCUCCCCAUGUUGAAUUGUUGUUUGUUAUAAUUGGGGAUUCUAAAUUCCUGUUUUAAUUUCAUGAAAGAAGGUUAGAGUAAAAAUAAGGAAUGAACAUCAGCAGGAGUCUGUGGAAUAAAGUACUAUUGCGGUUCAGUUUAUGUCAGGUUAAAAGCAUUUUUGGUAAUGAGAUUAGAAAAUUGUUGGUUGACUAAAAAUAUUAGAAAAUCAAAAUUGCCAGCGGUAUGAAUAACCUUUGUAUUAACAUUGUUAAAGAGUGUGUAGAUGCAUGACCUGCUGCCCUGUGUCUAUGUGAAUUCCUGUUUGGAUAAGCAACCGCCUUUAAAAAGGCACAUAGCCGCUGUACAAAUGAAGAGCAGAGUGAGCACAGUGCUCUGGUAUUUUAACUUUUCAAUUUUAGUUAAUUUUUCAAAAAUUUUUUUACACCUUAAAAGAGCAUAUACCUAUACAUUUUUGCAAGUUUUUUGGUCUCUAAGGGUGGGAUAAAUUGUCUUGCUAGGCAUACUAAUUUCACUUUACUGGAGGGAGAGACUUACUUCCCUACCUUCGAGAUGUCACAAAAGUAUCACAAGCCAAUUUUGUUGAUGAAUGAACCUUAUCUGACCUUCCUUGUGCUCUAUCCUUCUUUAACCAAUACAUAGGGGUUGGAGAUUAGGCCUCUCUAAAUAAACUUGACUGAAUCAUGUUUUCUAAGGUGUUAUGCUACACUACUAAGAUAGUCACCUGUGUUUAGAGUGACUGAUCUGAGCUGCUUGUCCUCAAUAAAAACACCUGUUUUCUGCAGCAUACAUCCCAUCUUUGUUUCCUUAUCAAAACUGUAGGUCAGAACACAGCUUUUUGUAAUCAGUUCAUCAUUUGACAGCCGAUAUCCCUGUAGUUUAGAUGGAUAAGGCAAGGCGAAGAUGUGGGAGUGUGAUGGCACGAAAUAACACCAGAAUGUGCACACAAAGUGAUUAAUGCCGGACAGGCAUAGAACUGCCACGUUCAUAUACUGAUCUUAUUUCCUCUCUUCUUCCUGGUUAGACAGGUGCAGUGGCUAAUCAUGCUGCCCAUGUGUGGGCGAGUAGAAGUAAGCUGGGACUGCAUCUCUCUCUGUUGACACCUCCGCAGAUUCAGCGUGAAGCUGAGAGAGAGAGAGCAACUCAGACAUGCAGACUGCACAAACGGAAAGAUGAGGACAGAGGGAGUUAGAGAGAAAGGAGCGAAAGAGGCUGAUAUAUUUGACCGUGUGGGUGUGUGAAGUCUCGAGGCAUGCAUCAUAAUCCUGGCUUCUUUUUCUCAGAGCAGCUGGACAAGGCACUACAUUAGCAAGCCAUUGGUGGUCUUUCAUAAGGUGCUGCCUCAUACUUUUGAGCAAUCAGAGUUGAGAGGAAAGACAGCGAGAACAUGGAAACUGCUUUGUUCUUGCUGCCUUGAGGACUUCGUUAAGGAAAAAUUCUGAAAAUAUGAUUUAAGUCAUGUCCAGAAAUGUUACAUGGGAGAUGUUGAAACAUCUACAUUAUAAGUAACCAAGAAAUCAAGUCAGGAAUUCAUCUGAGAUGGCUGUCAGCCCUAUUGCCAUCUUCCUCCUGACUUUGAUCAGUUGCGGCUCAUCCCAGCCUACUCCUCCUCCUCCCCGGGGAUGCAGCGUGGGCAUAGAACCCACCUACAGAGUGCUCUGCGACCUGGAGGCGGUCUGGGGUGUCGUACUGGAGGCAGUGGCCUGCUGUGGUGGCCUCGCUUCUUUGGUUCUUGCAGUGCUAAUGAUCGUCAAGAUGCGUGUGGUUUCUGACCCAGCCCGAAGGUCUGGUCUUGGUCCUCUGCUCCUGCUCUUGGGGACUCUUCUGGGAAUCUUCACUAUCUCUUUGGCUUUCCUGGUGGGGAAGACCCAGGUCCUCUGUGUGGUUCGCAGGGCCUUCUGGGGACCCCUCUUUGCUCUCUGCUUCUCCUGUUUACUCGUGCAAGGAGUGAGGCUCAGGAGGCUGGUGGCUGGAAAAUCAAGUCCAUCUGGGAGCACACUGGCAGCGCUUGGACUGGCAUUGGCUUUAGUUCAGGGGAUUAUCUCUGCUGAAUGGGUUCUGUUGACUGUGGUCAGAGAGGGUCACCCAGCAUGUGAGUACCCUCCUUUAGACUUUGCUCUGAUGUGUAGUUACACUCUAGGCCUGCUCCUAAUUGCCAUGGGCCUCUCUCUCGGAGUGGUGCUGUGUGGAGGAGAAUUUGGAGAAGAUGGAGGAGACAGCAGAGAAGAAGACAGAGAAGGAGAACACGAAAAGCGAAGAUGGAAAUGUAAUGCCGUCUGGGUCUUUCUGUCCAGUCUGGCUUCCGCAUUGCUUUGGGUGGCCUGGCUGGGGUUUUAUCUUUAUGGCAGCCAGGUGCUGAGGGGAAAAGGGAGCAGGGAAAGAGGAGGAAACAAAGAUUCAAAAGUAUUGGAUGAGCCUGCAUUGGCUGUCGCCUUGGUGAUUCAGGGCUGGAUCCUGCUGCUGUUCCACGCUAUUCCAGAGGCCCACCUGUGUCUCCAGAGCCCAACACAAUCUGACACACAAGAUUUUUUUGACACUAGUCGUGCAUCGCCUGCUCCUCAUUACGGAGAAGAACACCCUACGCAUUCUCACCAGUCCUUUCAAGAAAACCAAGCCUUUUCAAUGGAAGAGCACAGCGCAACUGUCCGAAGUGGAACAUACCACAGCAGCCAUGGCAGCAUGCGCCCAGGCAUCGCCUUCAGGGGCCAUGUUUACCAACCAACUGAGAUGGCUUUGGUCAUGAACGGUGGGACGAUGCCUACAGCACCCAUUAACUACACUGGAAGACGUCUAUGGUAGAACAGAGGAGGACUUACAUGGGUUACAAUUUCUGAUGCUGAAGUGUUUCCCCGUUUCCUAAAAAGAAAAUGUAGAAGUGUUUUAUGUGUUUGUGCUAUUGCCAAUGUUUUCAAAUGAUGUUUUUGAAACAAGUAGAAUUAACUGUUUUGUCAUAGAAUUUGGCAGAAGGACAAAUCAUUAAGAGCAGGAAAAGAGAAAAGACAAUAGUUAAAUUAGAAGUACGUAAACAUGAAAAACCCUAUUUUUGAAUGAGAACUAGAGGACAUGUUGCAGUUUAGCAUGUCAAUAAAAGCAAAAUUUUAAUGUGGUGAAGUAAACCUCUUUAAGCAGCUCGAUACCAGUUUCCUAACAACUGGUUUCUGUGAAAAAAGAACGCUUACUUCGAUGAACUGCACUUUUGGUUAACUCAGCCUUGAGGACGUUGAUGUGAAUUACCAGCAGAGGCCUACAAAGCUUGUUUGCUGUAUUUCAUUGUUCUUAUAGUGACUUUCUCGCUAUGCUGGGACACUUUGGCACAUUUCUAUGAUACAACACUUGAAUUAUCACAUUCUUUUAUGAAGUAAAGAGAUGCCCCAUCUCAGUAAUGGUAUUGAAGUCCUUUGCUAUUAAGAAGCAUAUAGUAAAAGCCAUUUUAUACUGCAAUACUUACUGUAACGUGCACAGACAAUGAUCAGUACAAAGAUCCUGGUGGGAAUGUGAGAUUGAAGAUUGUUUCAGUCGCAUGUAAAGCACAACUAUGGGGGAUCAGUAUUUUAUCUCAAUGUUUUGAAUUUAUGGAUCCUUUUUGUUAUUUUAUAUAUGAAAUAAAAUUGUAUGUACUGUAUGUAUAGCAAAAGGAAGUACUAAUCACAGUUUUGAGGAAAAUGGACGAUUCUUCAUCAUAGAAAAAGGAUCAUACAAAUCAGUCUUGUACAUGUAAAAACAACGCAAACUGAAGGCUGCCUUAGAAAGAAAAAAACGACUGAGUACAUUUUUAUGACUUCAGAGUAUCUGCUGUAAUAAACCGACUGCAGUCUGUGGACCGUACAGUCAACCAGCUAAAUUAUUUUCCUAUCUUAUUAAUAGAUUCUAAAGAGUAUGCUAAUCAGUUUUAAAAGAAGGUUUGGAAGGUUUGUUGUCUGAUAUUUUCCUGAUAAUAAAAAAACUAUGCUUGUCUUUCCUCCCCUUGAUGCCAGAAUGUCACAGAACAUAACAAUUCCUAAUACUGCUGAUCCAUCUACUGCAUUCUCCUUUUUUCCUGAUAUUGUACUGACGUAUCUAUUCACAGUUCUUUAUUUUACUGUUUUUACAAGUUACACCAGACAGAUAUAAGGAAUCGUGCACAAGAAUCUUAACAGAUGCAUCUCUAUGAAUUUUUUUGAAAAAUGUAUUGUUACAGGUUAUGACUUACAGAUAAUAAAAAACUAAGAUCCAGUUUAUCAAAGAAAAAGUUUAAAUGAUGAAUAAGGCCAGUAAAGGAAUUUCAAUACAAAUUCCAGCCCACUGAAAGGUGAGUCCAUGUAACCUGCUGUAAAGUUUCCUGGCUGAUGUCUGUGUCGACUGGACUAACACCAGCAGAUGGCAUGGUAACUCAAAUAUUCACUGCCUGUUGAAG